AUACACGUAAAGGAGGUUCCUGCAAGAGACAAAGGCAGCAGGUGAUGAGAGGGGUCACACCUUCAUUAAUGCUGUUAUUUAAACCUCUGCGGAAAGGCUCACAGUGAAGGGGUUGACAUUUUCUCUUCUCUCAGAUGCAGUGCACACCCAGAAAAACAAUUUGUCUUUGGUAAUGACUGACCCCUUAUUUCAGACAUCAAGAUACAUUCUUAAACUCUCAUCAUAUUUCGAAACAGUUCUUGUUUGGAAGGGUACUUGGAAAAUCCAUCUAAAAAUUUCCCAGUGAUUCUACAAUCUGAGAAGUUCAAGUGGAAAGAAAAGCUUUAUUUACUUCUACUUUAUAUACUUUAUUUGCUCAACAUAGAGCAGCUGGUUUCUGUUAAAUACCUUCCUUCUUGUGGCCUGUCCCUUUUUUUUUUCUUUUCUUUUUUAAAUCUCCUGACAUCAGGAUAACUUCAGGUUACAUUUCUGCUCUGAGAAUGGAUUAAACCAAAUGGAUACAUGUAGCUUCAGGUAAUGACAACACUCCCAGGUAGCUAAAGAACUGUUUCAAAAUUUGAAGUAAUACAGUGCUCAUCACAUCCACAGGGAAUGUGGCAGGACAUAAUGGGAGGAAAUUGCAGCACAGGAGAUUUAGGUGAGGCACAAGGGAAAAUGUUCUGGCUGUAAGGAGAGUUUAAGCAGUAGAACAAAUUGCCUUGGAGGGUGUGAAACCUCCAUCUUCUGGUGGUUUCUCAGGACAGGUGAGGCAGACACUCGCCAGCUGGGUUUAAAAACAACCUCAACCUUCGCUGGGCAGGGGACACAUCCUGGAAACCCCUUCCAGUCCCAUUCUCCAAGUCUCUGAUUACUUUAAUAGCCAUGAGAGAUGCAAAAUUCUGCAGUAUUUUCUGUCCUCCGAGCCCUGCUGGGCCCUUGCCAACAAGGUGAAAGUUGGAUUCACACUUCAUCAGCAAAACUGUCCACUACAAACCCCUACCUGUCCUUUGCGCAAGUAAUUUAGAUCUACACAAAGCUCCUUGAUGUUCUUUUAAAGACAAAAAAAAAAGCAACAUCCCUCACAGACUGUUCCACCUCAACACUCAGUUAUUUAGAGGAAAUGAAUGUUCUUUUGCUGCCAAACAAAUUGUUACACAUAUUUUAAAAAGCCAGCCUGGAAAUCCCCAUUCCACCUCCCACACAGCCCUGCCCAGCACACCAGCACCAUCCUCCUUGGCCAGCCUGGCUCCUGCAGCUCCAGCCAGGGGAUCCAGCAGGGAUGGUUCCACGGGAGCUCAGGGAGGGCUUCAAGAGCUGCCUCCAGCUCCCAGGGAUGAAGGACUGGCACGCUGCAUUCUGCCCAAACACUGCAGAACUAACAGCCCCGGCUUGUGAGGCAACAGGAAAAAGAGGUUCCCUUCCCUCUGGGAACUGUUCCGUGGGUCUGAACACAAUUUGUGAGUGGUUUCCAACUGUUCCUUGUCCCACAGAGACAACAGAUGCCAGAUGGGCUCAGAAGUGAAGUGAGGAGCACAGCAGGACAACUUUUAAGGUGUAAUAAAACAGCUGCUGUCGAGUGCUGGCAGCAGGAGGUUGGCAACAAAAAGAGUCUUUUUUGGAUUCUCAGGAGGGCAGUAACUCAGGGAAGGUACCUGGUGCCUUUUAGAUGCCAGGAGCUUCCAAAACACCUGCACUGGUGGGACACACUCCUGGAGCAGCAGCUGCAGAGGGAGGCUGCCCUUGGCUGCCUGAAAUGGCACUAAUGACAAGAUUUUGGCCAAUGAAUCCCACCCAAGGCCUUCAUUCUGAUGGCAAUUCCUGCUGCUCCCCAAACAGUCCCACCUACACAGCCACAGCCAGUGCUGAUCCUAAGGAAUUCCCCAGGAGCAGUCCAGCUCCAGGGACAUUUGGGGCAGCCUCAUGAACCAGGCUCUGCUUCACCCCUGCAGGCAGAGGAAUAAGCUUAGCAGGCAAGUGGGAAUUUCUUCCCUCUCAAGUCCUUCAUGGUGAAUUAAGUUUUGGAAUCCCAUCCCCACUGGUCACUUUGCCAAAUCAACGCUCUCCUACUAUUUCAGAGGGGGCCAGGGCCAUUUUUGUGACUCUCCUAAAUUACUUUGUUCUGCCAUGAAUACAUUUGCUGCUUGAUGUUCUUUUAAAAUGAAAAUGGAUAUGAAAAUUUACUCUAAAAUGUACCUUGCUCAUAAAAGUUUUAUUAAGUAUUAUUAGUGCUUAAGAGAAAGAUUUAAGGUAUUUGUGAAGCCAGCCUACAGGAUCCCUAUAUUAAAGGCAGGCUUAUGCAAAGGAUUGAUUUAUGCUGAGGAAAGGGGGAAGGUUGUUCCCUCUCCACUGCUUUUCAAGCCCUCAUUAAAGGGCAUUUCACUGGGAAGAAGCUCUUAUGGGAUUUGAGAUGCACAGAUCCCACUGCAACGGGGGACAGGGGAUGUUCCCCCUGUUCAGGCAGCCUCCCAUUACAGGCAUCUUCCCUUUGUGAAAAACUUACAUAGAAAAAGGGGAAAAAAAAUGCCCAGCUGGCAAAUCAGAAUGUGAUCCCAAAUGGAAAAAUCCUGCUUGACCUUAGCACUGGUCAAGUCAGGUUGGAACCCUGGUUUGGGCUGGAAGGGAUGUAAAGAUCACAUCAUUCCACCCCCUGCCAUGGCCAGGGGCACGUUCCACUGUCCCAAACUGCUCCAAACCCUGUCCCACCUGUCCUUGGACACUUCCUGGGAUGGGGCAGCCACAGCUGCUCUGGACAAACUGUGUCAGGGCCUCACCACCCACACAGAAAUUAAUUUAUUCCCAGUAUCUAAUCUCAUAUAGACCGUCUCUCUUUCAGGUUAAAACCAUCUCCUCCAGUCCAUUGUCCCAAGUCCCUCUCCAGCUGCCCUGGAGCCCCUUUAGGCACUGGAAUGAGCUCUGAGUUCUCCCCAAAGCCUUCUCUUCUCCAUCCCCAGCUCUCCCAGCCUCUCUUCUACCCCACAUCAUUAAAAACCUCACAUCUUCCUGUCUAAACACAGCCAUGGAAAGGGACUGAUAGCUGAAAAAAUGACAGGAACAUUAUAAAUGUCUUGAUUUCUAUCAAUCAAAGUUUCAGGCAGGAGUUUUAAAGGAUUUGUGUUUGGAGCUUUUAUUAAAAUGCCAUGCCAAAUAUAUGCAAUGCCUAUCCUAUUAUCUCAAACAGAUCUCAAAAGUACUUCUACUUCCAUAAAAUAAAUUGCUAAAGAGCAAAGGCUUCCCAAGCCAUGGAAAUAAUGGCACCAGGCACUCCUCUAAAUACACUAAAUAUUUAUAUAAUAUCAUUGCAGCCAUUUUGCAAAAUCCUUCACAAAGGUAUUAAAACAUUAAGAGCUGCUCCUAACUCUUACAAUGAAAAUUCUAUGAAUGAAUUUUCUUAUUAUGAAAAUUUCCCUUUUCAGUAAAACCCAGAGACCUUUUCCUUUGCUUUAUUCCUACUAUAAAAAACAUUUAAAGCCCAUAUAAUCUGGGUCACCCAGGUGCAUGAAAGAUCUUCAGGAUCAUGUUUGUUCUAUACAUCUUUUCCUGACAACUCUCAGAGGCAGGAUUCCCUCUCAGGGUUUCCAAAGCUCUUGAAUUUUAUGGUUUAGUCAUGCCAGAAGCUUUCCUCCUCUCUGCUUUUCUGUGUCCCACUUUUCUUCUGGACUCUGGGACUGUUGUGACAUCUAGGGGUGCUCUGUAGUGAGUUUAGCACUGCCUGACUUCAUGGCCUUGGCAUUAAUAUGGAGACGUGCUUGGCAGCUAAUUAGUGCUUCAUUAAUAUUUGACAUCAGGCCUUUGGCUGCCUUUUCCCUUUGGAAAACAAACCUUUCCCACAGGUAGUGUCUGCCUGAGCAGCACAGGCAGCACAUGGGACACAAGCUGUAGAAACCUGGCAGAAUGUCUGAUCCCAGUUGCUUGGUCAUUGCUAUUUCUUCAGUAACUCCCUAUAUUUUUCUGAAGACUAAGACAAGAAGAAAGAUUUUUGGGAGGUGAUGGGGUUAGGAAGAAUUCAAAAUAAACCAGAAAGUUUUCUUGCAUUAAAUAGUUAAAAAAGAAAAUGAUUCAUUUGAAACCACAUAAAACCAGAGCCACUUAAGUACUGUGAAGUGGACUGAAGAAUGUCUAUACAUUUGUUUUGGGUUUGGUUUUUUUUUCAAUUUUAUAACCAGUUCUUCAAGUUUUGCAGCCCAAAAUCCCUGUGUCAGAUGCCAGAGAAACAAUUCAAAAUUGUUUUUUUGAAGGAAUCCCUAUUCUGCCCGGAGCUGGGCCUGAUCAUCUCCCUGCUUCUGCUCUUUUUCCAUACUCCAGAUACUCCCAGUAACUCUCAUCCCAACCAGACUGCCACAAAAUAUUCCCCAGCAAUUAAUGUGAGAUCUAAAAUACUUUCACAGUACUUAUUUGUGAAUGGGAAGGUUAUCUGUGUAUUACCAACCUCUGAGCACACAAAAAAUUCAACGUAUGUGGUAAAAAUUUCAUUUUUUAAACUUUUUUUUCUAUGGAUGCUUCAUAUCAUACGUGCACCUGUACAUCAACAACACAACAAAAAGUCCAGGGGAAGAAUUUCUAAACAUACAAGAAUUUAGCAAAAACCUGAAAACUCUCCAAAGCACAUUGCGCAAUGUUUGAUUUUGAUUUCUUGGAUUGCUAUGAAUGAGUCCAGAAAGAGAAAUACCUUUGACUCACACUACCAAAAACCCCAUGUUUCCAUGCAGAGACCCACUGCAGAACUGGGCAUUUAUUUCAGAGCACUUGCAGCCUUUCUGUAUGCAGUGUGAAUCUUAAACAGCAAAAAGAAUGCUAAGGUGAGAAAUGCAAGUGAGUUAUUAUUUAUCUCACCCACCUCUGCAAAGCAGCUCUUAAAAAAUAAGUUUUAUAUGGUGUAAAUUACUGCACAAACCUUAACACAGCAGAAUCACAUCCAGGCAAUCUCUGGACCUAAUUCCCUCUUUCUCACUUAAUCUGGGCUCGAUGACAAGUAAAUCCACUGCAGCACAAUGAGUUACAUCAGAAAACGGCCUGAGAUGAAAAUCAAGUUGUGUGAAUCAUCUGGGAAUAUUUUGCCCUUCCACAGCUCAUCAAGGAGCUUCACAACCUGAACAUCCAGCACUCUUAAACAUGGUAAAAUCCUUUCGCACUCCUGAGGCACUAAAGGGAACCAAACAACACAAACAAGGAGCAAUUUAAGCCCUCACCGAGAUUAUGACCCACAAUUAACCUAUUAAAAAGAGCUGUGUGAGAAACACCGUGUCAUCAAUAACGUUUUACACCAGCAGGCCUGGCAGAUGGAAAAGUUCAGAACCAGUUUAAUCAGCAACGUGCCCGUCUCUCAAUUUUAUCUUCCCAGGUACCAACCUACAUUCAGGAGGGGUUACACUCGUUCAAACACACACAGCUUAAUGAUCAACCCGCUGCUCUGCCUCUCCUAAAAUGAAGAGGAGUAUAAAUAGAUCAAGUUCUGCAACCCAGAACAGCCACAGAGCACGAGCUGUCACUGGGAAAAGCCUCUGCAUCCUGAGCAAAGAGAGCCAAGAGCAGCAAACAUGAAGAUCAUUCCAGUUUUACUAUUCCUGGCUCUCCCAGCUGCAGCUGACAAGGAUUUUUUCUCCGUGGGUUCGGCCGGAUCUCCCGAAACAAAAUCGAGAUUUGCGAUGUUGGACGAUGUCCGAAUCUUGGCCAAUGGGCUCCUCCAGCUGGGGCACGGCCUCAAAGACUUUGUCCACAAGACCAAGGGGCAGAUGAAUGACAUCUUUCAGAAACUCUACAUUUUUGACAGGUCCUUUUACGAGCUCUCCCUGCAAACCAGCGAAAUCAAGGAGGAAGAAGAACAGCUCCGGCAAACCACGGCCAGGCUGCAAAUCAACAACGAGGAGAUAAAGAACCUCUCCCAGGAGAUGAACCUGAAGAUUGAAGACCUCAUCCAAAACAAAAUCCAGCUGCAGGAGCAAGUGUGGGGACUGGAGGACAAGGUCACCAAACUGGCCAUUUUCCAGCCUUCGGUGCAAGAGACAAAAGAAAUUUCUUCACUCAAAGCCUUUGUGGAGCAGCAGGACAACGACAUCAAGCAGCUGCUGAGAAUCGUGGAGGACCAGCACGUGCAGCUGGACAGGCAGCACAACCAGAUCCUGGAGCUGGAGGACAAGCUAAACCACAUCGAGCUGCUGGAGCUGCUGGAGAAUUCCUUCCUGGGGGAGCAGCAGGAAGCAGAGCCCAUCCCCUCUGCUGUGCACAGGCCCACGGCUGGGACAUACAGAGCUGAUGGUGCUGCUGCUGCUGACUGCACUGCCCUCUACCACAGCGGGGUGCAGGCCAGUGGGGUCUACACCAUUCAGCCCAACGGCUCAGAAGCUUUCAAUGUCUACUGUGAAAUGAAAUUUGGCACAUCCUGGACUGUUAUCCAGAAGAGAGUGGAUGGAUCGCUGGAUUUCAACCAAACUUGGGAUGCCUACACAAAUGGUUUUGGUGACCUCAAUGAGGAAUUCUGGCUGGGCCUGAAGAAGAUCUACUCCAUCACCCAGCAGGGGAAUUACCUGCUGCGGAUCGAGCUGCAGGACUGGAGAGGGAACAGGAGGCACAUCGAGUACAGCUUCAGCCUGGGGGGCCCCAGCACCAACUUCACCCUGCAGCUGUCCAGGAUGUCGGGGAGCAUCCCCAACGCGCUGCCCGAGCACGCCCAGCUGCGCUUCUCCACCGGGGACACGGCCAGCAGCUCCAGCUGUCCCCAGAGCCACCCAGGAGGCUGGUGGCACAGUGAGUGUGAGGAAACCAACCUGAACGGGAACUACGUCACGCCAAGGUCCAGGGGAAGGCUGGACAGAGGAAAAGGUUUGUACUGGAAGCCUAAGAAAGGAAGAUACUACCUGCUCAAGUCAACCAAAAUAAUGAUCCACCCAACAGACUUGAAAAGCUUUGACUGAGUGCUCAACCUGCUGCAUUUUAACUCAGAACAAGCACAAUGAACUUCACCACACCAAAGGACUUGAUGCUGUGUUUACCAACAGAUGCCAUGACCCAAUCCAUGCCCUGCAUGGAAUUUCUCCAAAACAUAAACCUGAGGCAUCUGAGAUGGUCUUACAAAAUGUCUGGUGAGUAUUGUCAUUCCUUCAAGCCCCAAUGUCAACAUGCUGCAACUUUUUGUGGAGCUUUUCCUUCCCCACAGUGCAAUUCUAAUGCCUAGAAGCCAACCUGUCACAUAUUGGAUAAUAUUGUUUGGGAGAAUGGGUUUUCAGGCUGUGCAUUCCCUUCUGGGUUGUGUAGUAGGGAAAACAAAAAGUGUUUUCUGGUAACAAAGGGCUGGCAAAACCCUAUGGAAAACAUUUAGGGGGAACAAAAAGAAAUUUUGUUUCUUGAAGUAACUAUCUGAAUGCUUGGUUCAUGUUUUUGUUGUGGAAUAUUUUAGGAGCAAAUUAAAGAUGGGUAAUUCCUCGUUUUAGGGCACUGGGUAUUUCCAGACAGUUUUCCAGGAGUGCAGCUGAGGCAAAUCCAUGCUCUCUGGAGCUCUGCAGGUGUGUCACACACAGGGGGCAGAGCAGAUCCUGCUCCUCUGGAUCCCACAGAUCCCACAGGGCACCUGCACAGCUGGGGCUGCUCACUGCGAGUGAGGAGCCAAACUUCACUGAAAGGAGGAAGAGAUCUGCUCUCCUCACCUGAAAUGAAUCAGAGCCAAGCCUUUGUGACCUUUCAGUCCAACCAGCUAAGGAAUUAAAUAAACAACCAAGUGAGCACACACCAAAACACCUUCACUUAGGGAACAGCUGCUCCAAUGGGGUCAAGGGUGCCACCCCACAAACCCAGCAGGCACAACCCAUGGGACAGGGCUGGUCCAGCUCCUGGGGACACUCACAUGUUGAACUUCAGCUGCAGAACACGGAGUGACAGCCUUGGGCUGGCCCUGGAAGUGCUGACUGACAAAACCCCAGUCCUGCAGUUCCCUGAGUCAUAUUGACUUGUUUAUCUUCCCCAACCCUUGUACAGUGCGGGUUUUUUAUCUCAGCACAGGAAAUGGUUUUGGUUGCCAUUUGUCAGAGUGAAACCCCAUGAACAGAAUGUGUCAAUUACAGAAAUGCUGCAAAAAAAUCCUUUUCCUUCUCAUGGGUUUGUAACAGAGAUGAGAUCAUGCAGUGUUGCUUAUUUGUACUGGUUUACUGUAAUGUUAAAUUACCUGUCCAAUAAAUAAAUAGACAAACAAAUAAAUGGCUGAGACUUUUCAAAAUACAGGAUAUGGAACUCAACUAAACCCUUCUUGCAAGCUUUGAUUUAUAAAAACCUGGUUUGUAUCUA